ACUUACAAUAUUCGAUCUAGUUUUCAGUGGUUUCUUUAUCAUAACUCUAUGUAGUUUAGGUUGGUUUGUACUUGUAAUGUACAUGUCAAAAUAUUUGACGUUGCGUUGCGUUGUGAUUGUGUUUAAAGACGUGACUUGCAAAAGAAAUUCGCCAUAAUGGAAUCUGCAGGAGACUGGUGCUUGAUUGAGAGUGACCCAGGAGUAUUCACACAACUUAUAAAAAAAUUUGGUGCGAAAGGUGUACAAGUAGAAGAACUAUGGACCAUGGAUGAAGGAAUUUUUGAAAAUCUCAGACCCGUUCAUGGACUCAUAUUCCUCUUCAAAUUCUUACAACAUGAGGAACCCGCUGGCCCAGUUGUGACAGACAACCGCCUUGAUAAAAUCUACUUUGCUAAACAGGUAAUUAACAAUGCCUGUGCUACCCAAGCUGUAGUCAGCUUACUUCUGAACUGCACUCAUCCAGAUGUGGACAUUGGCCCUGAACUGACUAAGCUAAAGGAGUUCAGUAUGUCAUUCGACCCUCGUAUGAGAGGCCUGACACUGAGCAAUUCGCAGACCAUCCGUAUGGCGCAUAACUCGAUGUCACCAUACAUGCACUUUGAGUUUGAUCAAAAAAUGGCUUCUAAGGAUGACGACGUGUAUCACUUCAUCGGUUACAUGCCUAUCGACGGGCGGCUGUAUGAGUUGGACGGUCUUCGCGAGGGCCCCAUCGACCACGGACCCAUCGCCCCGGAGCAAGACUGGCUCGAUUUCGUCCGGCCUAUCAUUAUGAAGCGUAUCAACAUCUACACAGAAGGCGAGAUCCACUUCAACCUAAUGGCCUUAGUAUCCGACCGGAAGAUGAUUUACGAACGCCAGCUGGAGGAACUUCUCAACGAGUCACAGAUGAUGGGCAUGCACUCUGAAGAAGUAGAGAACGAGAUACCCCGGCUCAGGAUGCUCAUAGAAUACGAGGACGUCAAGAUGGCCAAGUACCAGCAGGAGAUGGCCCGGAGAAAACACAACUACAUACCGUUUAUAGUGCAGCUGCUCAAGAUUUUGGCCGAAGAGAAGAAAUUGACACCGUUAUUGGAAAAGGCGAAGGAGCGCGCGGCCAAAAAGGGGCCGAAAAAGAUUAAGACAUAGGAAUGUAAUGAAGUUUUACCCCCUUAUUCAUAAACGUACACUAAAGUUAUCAAGCCGAUAAAGUUCGUUUGUCCCUUUCCGACGUAUUGGUGUGAUAGAAAGGGACAGACGAACUUUAUCGGCUUGAUAACUUUAGUGAACGUUUAUGAAUAAGGGGGUUAGUAUUUAAUUAAUAGUGGAAGAUGAGUGUAUGUUUGCUGCUUGUAAGUAUUUAAAAAUUGCGUUCAACACCACCAGUGAAAUCGCGUCUCCAAGAGCCUUUAGGUAGGUACCGUUUUUCAAUUUCAUCUUGAUCUAGUCGGAUACUUUUUUUUUUCUGAUAUGAUUUCUUUGAAAAAUUCAAAUUAUUAUUCUCACGGUAAUAUUAUUUUCAGAUAUUAUUUUGUAUGUAUUUUUUAA